AAUAUAUUACCAGAAUUAAUUACAUAAUAUAAGCUUAUGUAUUAAAUUUUCAGAACAAUGAAAAUGAUGAAAUAAAUUAUAAGACCAAUUAGAAUUUGUACUCCAAUAAUAGCAACAAAUAACUAUUUGAACAUUUACAAUUUGAAUUAAUUCUUUUUAAGGAUGUCGAUGGAAAAUAAUGAUGAAGAUUUGGAACCCCUAAAAGUAAAAGAAGAACAAAAUAUUCGUAGGUUACUCAAGAAUCGGAUAUGAGGUGCCCUCAGAUGAUUGUUUGAUUUAUUCAUAAAAUCAUAGAAUUUAAUAACCA